AUGCAAUCCGUACAAGAUACCAACAAUGUGAUUACAACGACUGUUCUUAACUUGUCUGUUUCGAAACAAUUGUUAUUGGUUACAGAUCCGAAAAUACGACAACUAAGAAAAAUUCUUGCUGUCAUAUAUGGCAUUUGUCUUGUUGUUUGUGUGUUUGGUUUAAUUAAUGCGACAUUCUCAAGAACUAUCGAGUAUUGUUUAAUACCAAAUGGAUAUUAUGAAGAAAUUGCUGAAUAUAUUAUUGCAAUUCUCUUCUAUGCCAUCGGAUUAUUUGUUACAUUUCGAUAUUCUGAAACAGGUUUACGAGUGAUAGCUUGGAUAUCCAUUAUUGAAUUAGUUGGUAUUGGUAUUGCUAUUUUACUUCUCAUCUGUACUGAUUUCACCGAUAGACAUGCACAAAAUUCCAUUACAAAAUACUCAGUUGCUAAUCAACAAGACAACAGUCGUGUAAUUAUUAAGCACAUGGGCUCUUUGAUGUGUACUAUUGUAUACAUAAUUGCUUUUGUUUUCGAAGUAAUCAUCGUAAUAUUAACAUCCAAAUUGGCCAAACUUAUCGGUGUCAAGAAAACUAUAGCCAUUCAACAAAUUCAGCACGUUGUUUAG